UAGGCAACUUUAAACCAGUGUGAUGGCAACGCCUGUCAAUGGUGUUCACCAGGAUACUGACCUCUGGACCUCGCAUAAUAAGAUGCUGGCAGAGCCUCUGAAAGACAAUGAUGUUGAGGUUUACAACAUCAUUAAGAAGGAGAGUAAUCGGCAGAAGGUUGGAUUGGAGCUGAUUGCCUCAGAGAAUUUCGCCAGCCGAGCUGUUUUGGAGGCCCUGGGCUCUUGCUUAAAUAACAAAUACUCUGAGGGGUACCCAGGCCAGAGGUAUUAUGGCGGAACGGAGUUCAUUGAUGAGUUGGAGGUUCUCUGCCAGAAGCGGGCACUGCAGGCAUAUAACCUGGACCCCCAAUGCUGGGGUGUCAAUGUCCAGCCCUAUUCAGGCUCCCCUGCCAACUUUGCAGUAUACACUGCCCUAGUAGAGCCCCAUGGGCGUAUCAUGGGCCUAGACCUGCCCGACGGGGGCCACCUGACCCAUGGGUUCAUGACUGACAAGAAGAAGAUCUCAGCCACAUCCAUCUUCUUUGAGUCUAUGCCCUAUAAGGUAAACCCAGACACUGGCUACAUCAACUACGACCAACUGGAGGAGAAUGCCCGCCUUUUCCACCCGAAGCUGAUUAUUGCAGGCAUCAGCUGCUACUCCCGAAACCUGGACUACACCCGACUGAGGAAGAUUGCUGAUGAUAAUGGGGCAUACCUCAUGGCAGACAUGGCACAUAUCAGUGGGCUGGUGGCAGCCGGCGUGGUCCCCUCCCCUUUUGAACACUGCCACGUGGUAUCCACCACAACCCACAAGACCCUACGAGGCUGCCGGGCUGGCAUGAUCUUCUACAGGAAAGGAGUACGCAGUGUGGAUCCCAAGACUGGCAAAGAGAUUAUGUACAACCUGGAGUCACUCAUCAACACCGCUGUCUUCCCAGGCCUCCAGGGAGGUCCCCAUAACCAUGCCAUUGCUGGGGUUGCUGUGGCCCUGAAGCAAGCCAUGACUCCAGAGUUCAGAGCUUAUCAGCACCAGGUUGUGGCCAACUGCAGGGCCCUGACCCAGGCCCUGAUGGAGCUCGGCUACAACAUAGUAACAGGUGGUUCUGACAACCAUUUGAUCCUUGUGGAUCUCCGUUCCAAAGGCACUGAUGGUGCAAGGGCUGAGAAGGUGCUAGAAGCCUGUUCUAUUGCCUGCAACAAGAACACCUGCCCAGGUGACAAAAGUGCACUGCGGCCCAGCGGACUGAGACUGGGGACCCCAGCACUGACAUCCCGAGGACUUUUGGAAAAAGAGUUCCAACAAGUAGCCCACUUUAUUCACAGAGGGAUAGAGCUGACGCUGCAGAUUCAGAAAGAUGUUGGGGCGAAGGCCACUCUGAAGGAAUUCAAGGAGAAGCUAGCAGACGAUGAGAAGCACCAGAGCGCCAUCAGGGCUCUUCGGGAGGAUGUAGAGAAUUUUGCUUCCCUCUUCCCUCUGCCUGGCAUGCCUGACUUCUAA